AGGAGCGAGCUCAGAGAUAUACAUCCUCGAGGUCUCCCUCUUUCUUUCACUUCCAAUGUCCACAGACUUUCUCUCUUUUUCUUUCCCUCCGGUUUCCUCCCCCUUCGCGCACAUAUACCGAACCUCACGGCGGGAAUCUCCUCCUCAGCUUCUCCUUGGCGCGUAACGGAUAGAAUUCGUUCCUCAGCUUGGUUUCAUGACUUUAGUUUGGUCGGUGAGCUCUCGCCGACUCUCUCGGUCGUAUGCGAUCGGGAUCGCGAGUCACGAAAGAGUUUUCAGUCUGCUCGCGACCCUCCGAACCAGAGGGUCUCGUCGCUUCUUGUUUCUCUGAGCCAGUCUUUGUUUACGCCUGAUAUUGCGUGUGCAAGGUGUAACAAAAAAAAGCACGAAAAAAACACUGUACCGCCCAAAAAACUUAGGUUCCUUAAAUUCAGAUAUUUCGCGUGUAAAACAGGCGAUUUGAAUAGCGCCGAAAAAACACUGAACCGACAUAACCUUGCAAAGCUACGGAAAUCGAAUUAACCUCGAAAAUAUAUCGAAAAUCCGGAAGAUCCGCGGAAGAUCCCGGACACGAUAAAAGAAAAAAGCGGAAAAUAAUCGGACAGAAAAUGGGAUUAAUAAAACGAACAGAGUUCAUCGGCGCCGCUGUUUGCCGGUGAUAUCGAAGUGCGUGUGUGUGCCUGUGAGUGUGUGUAUUUGUGUUGGUGUAUAUAAAAAUAUAAAUAAAUAUAAAUGAAGUGUAAAAUGAGACUCAGUCCGAUAGUUCUGUCAGCAGCAACCGCGUGGUUAAACGCGAGUCCCAGCUGGUGCACGAACGUCCUCUCGUCCCCAAACGUUCCGUACAAUCACAACAAUCAUUCGGAUCGUCAGAUGCGCGAAAAUGUCGUUGACAGCGUGUCGAUCGCGGCUUACAGAAACGACGAUAACCCGAGCGCCGAAUUGUCCACCGAGUUUUUCUUGUUGCCGAAUAUCGGCGAUAAAAAUGACGACAUGGCAAGCGUUGCCAGUGUCAUAAGCGUACCGACCGCGAAUCGUACCAUCACAAUAUUUCGCGGCAAUGGCGGUAACAACCGCGUCGUACACGGAGACGGUAUUAGAACGAGAAAUUCGGGGUUUCCCCUCGACGAAGGCGCACGAAAUUCUAUCGGCACUGGCGCCCCCGGUACAGUUUUCCUAAAUAAUCAAUCUUUGCUUAGGCAACGGUCCUGGGCCCUGCCACUCGCCGCACUCAGCGCAGCCGCCAUGCUUCUUAUGGCCGGCUUCGAGAUCUUCGUUCUUCUCAAGGCAAGGGCAGCAGCUCCGAGCAGACGCCACUUGUUUCUUGGGCAAGCUCUUCUCUUGGGACUUUUUCUACUCGCUGGUCUUUCGGCCGCGGCUUCGCUCACCCCGAAUCCGCUAACUUGCGCCGCCUUUCGUCUCGUUGGCCUGCCAGCUGCGCUCGUUUUCGCCGCCCUCCUCGUCAAGUGCGUUUUUCUUCUGUCCCUCAACAGUGGCGUUUAUCUUCCCGCACCUUACCAGGCUCUCGUUCUCGUCUUCGCCGUACUCGUUCAAGUUGCGAUUGUCGGCCAAUGGUUUUACGGCGAAUUUCCAUCGGUUGUACAGCCUCGAAACAACGACAAAAAUUCAUCGAACUCGUUCUGCUGCAAAACUCCUCUCAGCCAGACCGUUGCUUCUCUCGGAUAUCCGGGAUUACUACUGAUCGGUGUGGCCUGUUUGGCGGUGCGUGCACGCGGAGUCCGGGACAAUUACAGAGAAGCGGCGUUUAUUGGUUUGGCGGUCGGCCUGACACUGCCAAUUUGGAUAACGAGCGCGAUCGGCUCGCUCGCCUCGGCGGAGAGCGAUCGCGAGGCAUGGCUCGCAUACGGUCUUCUCACCACCGCGCUCCUCGUAUUUUUGAGUAUGUUUUUGCCGAAGGGUCGUCAACUGGCUGCUUUGGGACGCGACGGCCAAGUCGCCGCAGCUUGCACCGCAGUAAUUCGCGAACGCGACGACCGACUCAGCUCCUUACCCGCGAGCGGAUAUUCCCCCUCUUUUUUCCACUUCAAACCUGGCGAAGGAUCGCUCAAAAGAAAAAUGCACUAUCAGAGCGCUGAUCGAGUCGCUCUCGUAUCAUCUGGAAUUCCAGGAUGCAACGCUUGCAGACACGGAGGCAGUCCAGUUUACUCCGAAGCAGAGGUUCACACGCCGAUCGAAACGUUCGUCUUACCACCGGGAAUGUACCUGCAAAGGCCCGAGCUCGAAGCAGCGAAUCUCUACACGACAAUAUCAGCGAAUCCGAAUGUUUUCUUCCAGAGAGCUCAUCCAGGAAUGAUGUACUGAUUUAAAGGGGUAUCGAUGAUGGAAUUUGAGGGCAGAGGAAGAUAGAAAGGAACUCGAAGAUCUCAACAUUUCGUCGUUAAGUCAUUUUUUACAUGUUCAUAAACUCCAUUGUGUAAAUAACAGUGUACUCAUUACUCUUAAAAAAUGUCAAGUUUUUUCAUUUUGUUAUGUAGAACCAUGAACUGGCCCACAAUCUCGUGAAAUACAUGUCUUAUUAAUAAAA